GGAUGUCGGACGGCUGCGCGAGGCCUGGCCGGGGUACAAGGCUGAGAUGAGAGGAGAGCGCCUGGUUUGAUGUAAUCUCGACAAGGAUUUUGGUCAAGGAAGAUGGUGCUGGACUCGGGGACGCAGUCGUAUGAGCGGCAUCGCAAUGUCCUGAGUGCCAGCCCCCAGCGUGAGAGGGGUGGGAAAAAGUUCUCUGAACACAAUGGGCUGCGACUCUAUUCCUACCUCUCCCCUUCGCCAUCUCCAGAUUCAGACCCUACCCACCUGGGCCAAAGGCUCAAAACACCUACCAGGCUCAAGUGCUCCAAGGUCUCAGAAGCAAGGCCUGAGGUCAGGCGGCUGUCAGAAACCUGCUCUGCCUGCCCAAGCCCCUGCAGCUGGAUGCGCCGUAGCGAGAGCACCUGCACUGUGAAUAGUAGUGGCCGGGCACGUGCACAAAUCCGCAGUGCAGCUUCCCUGCCUCAUAUUGCCAGGCCAAAGGCUGAGGAGAUCAGCGUCAGCAGGAAGAGUCCUUGCCUGCUGGUGGCCCUUAGGCCAUUGAAUGUUGACAAGGAGAGAGAGAAGUUCUUCCAGUCUUGUUAUACCUACAACCCACAGUUUGAGUAUGAGGAGCCUGUCCCCACGGCUGUGCUGGAGAAAUACAGAGAUGCAUCAGACCAGUUCAUUACACAGGCAACUGGGAUCAUUCACGCUGUCCUGGAGAAGUACGGCUCUUAUGAGCGCUUUGAAGUGGCCACUGGUGGAAGAGUGCUGAGCAAGUGCCAAAUCUGGUCUAUUAUCCGGAAGUACAUGCAGAAGGAGGGCUGUGUGGGAGAGGUGGUCGUUCAUCUGACCGAGGACCUCCUGUCCCAAGCCGUGAUGAUGGUGGAGAACAGCCGGCCCACCCUGGUGAUCAACCUGGCCGGAGCCCGGCAAUACUGGCUGGAGGGCAUGCUGCGCCACGAGAUAGGCACGCACUACAUCCGUGGGGUGAAUAACGCCCGCCAGCCUUGGCACAGCCUGGAGGGCCGUAAGCGGUACGGCCUGAAGCCUGCUAACCCCACAGAAGAAGGCCUGGCGAGUCUGCACAGUGUCCUCUUCCGUAAGCAGCCCUUUCUGUGGCGGGCAGCACUGCUCUACUACACCGUCCAGCAGGCCACGCACAUGUCCUUCAGCGCCCUCUUCCAGCACUUGGAGCAGUACGUGCAGGACGCCCGCGUCCGCUGGGAGUACUGCGUGCGGGCAAAACGAGGCCAGACGGACACCUCGCAGCCAGGCUGUUUCAGUAAGGAUCAAGUGUAUCUGGAUGGAAUUCUCCGCAUCCUGAGGCAUCGGCAGACUAUUGACUUCCGGUUGCUGGCAGCUCUGGGCAAGGUCUCCUACGAAGAUGUGAAUCAGCUGAAGAAAUUUGGGGUUCUGGAGAAGGCACGAAUCCCCCACUUCAUGCAGGACAUGGAACGGUACAGGCAGCAGCUUGACCACAUCAUCGCCACCAACAGACUGAACGAGCAGGAGCUUGAGCAGCUGCUGCCGGACUGACCAGGUCUGCAGGGUCCUGACCUGCCUGCCCCUGUGGCAGAGUCCCACUUCCCAGGCCACACUGCCUUGCGGACAGGAAGCCUUAGGCACAAAAGGGAGUUGUCUUGUGUGCGUGUCUGAUUGCAGCCGUCCAAAGCAUUUAGGGUGCCCAGGGGGUCUGUGUGUGUAUUAUUCAUUUUGUGACUGUUCGGCAGGUCAGUCCUCACCGGGAGGAGGCUGCCAUUUCAGAGCUUCCUCCCAGCCAUUCAGCAUCGGGUCCUGCCAAGGGAGAGCUGGUCGUGUGUGGAUUCCUGCAGCAGGCCAUGGCUUAGCAGUACGGA